AUGACGGUCAACGACCAACCCGCAUUCAACGCUUGGAAGCAACAUGGCAGCCUAGCCCGUACGGAUAUUGAGCUGGUAACCAUGCAGAUGCUCCGUGACACUCAUCCUGGCUACCACGUCACGCGUACCAAACGCUCCUCUUGCGAUGUCGUCGGCUAUGCUGAUGCAGGCCAUGCGUCCAAGACGCUCGACGACGCCGCGGGCUACGACGCUUUGCGCGAAUAUACACGCAGUGGUACCAAAUGCUCCGAUCCGUGUCGCUCCCCAAUCCGCGAUGCAGGUGCGGGCACUCUCAAGGACGAAAUCCGCUUCUGCCGCUGGGCCUACUCCUGGAAUGGCUAUGACUUCAUCAUCUACGAAAUUGGCUAUCUGAACAGGUUCGAUAACCUCGAGAAGCAGUUUUACAUUCUAGCACCGGCCGAUGACAACGUCAAAGGCGUCCACCACGGGCGGAUUGACGCCCUGAUCCUUGCCGCAGGCGCCUGGGCCAAGACGCUACACCAAGAAAUCUACGUCUUUGACGACUCGUGCUGGUCCAAAUCCGCCGAAAUGUUCAAGAGCAUGCGGGGAUUCUCGUGGGACGACGUGGUACAAGUCCCCUCGCUAAAGGCCAACCUGAUCAAGGACGUGCUGUCCUUCUUCGACAACCGCCAGCUCUACGCCUCCAUGGGCGAGCCGUGGAAGCGCGGCGUCAUCCUCCACGGCGUCCCGGGCAACGGCAAGACUCUCAGCAUCAAGGCGCUUGUCAACUCCCUUGCGGCGCGACAGCCGCCUGUUCCCUCCCUCAUUGUCAAGUCCUUUGACAGUAUUUUCCGCGGGCCAAAGUACGCCAUGAAGAGCAUGUUUUCGCACGCCCGCGCCAUGGCACCGUGUCUUCUCGUCUUUGAGGACCUGGACAGCCUGGUGGCCGGCGAGACCCGGAGCUACUUCCUCAACGAGGUGGACGGGCUACAAUCCAACGAGGGCAUCCUGAUGGUCGGGUCGACAAACCACCUCGACAAGCUGGACGCCUCCAUCACCAAGCGGCCCAGCCGGUUUGAUCGCAAGUUUCACUUCAAGCUGCCCGGGGAGCCGGAGCGGGUGGCCUACUGCCGACAGUGGGCGGGCAAAUAUGCCGGCGAGGCUGCCGUCGACUUUCCCGACGAGCUGUGCCGUGUUAUCGCCCAACUCACCGCGGGGUUCAGCUUUGCGUACCUCAAGGAACUCUUUAUCGCGUCGUUGCUUAUCCUUUCUCGCGUCUCUGAGAACACUGACGUUGAGACGAAUGGCGACCAGAACGGUGCGGAUGUUGAUACGGACGGUGUCAAAAGUCCUGCUGUGGCCGAAGUCGGGGCUGCUUUGACACAGGAGCAUGGGGCCGAGAAUGAGAAACUCGGGACGGACGACGAGCAGUCUGAAAAACCGGCCCCGAAAACGGCCAAGCGGGCCAUGCCAGAGGUGGACAUUCCCGAGAGUCUGGCGGAUAAUGAAUUGCUCAAGGUCGUCUUGCAGGAGGCAAAGCUGCUCUGGGACCAGAUGGACAACUCGGAAGACGGGGACGAAGACAAGGGGACAGACACGGAGAAUAAGUGA